AUGAGCACACAAGGCAGGUUUGUAACGGCGGCCGCCAUCCUCAUAGGAGUGCUCUCGCUUCCGGUACAAGUCUCGGAGCUGCUCUCACUCCUGCGCAGCAUGAAGCAAGAGGAGGAGCGUGAAAGAGUCAACAGCAUCGACAGCUGCAUCGUUCUGGCCAGCGGCUCUUCGGCCGCUGCUGUGGCAGCCGUGGCGGUGGAAGAAGCCCCCUCCGAGAAGUUGGAUCCUGAGAUCACGGUGCCCACGCCCACGGCCGACAGCCUUGGCAGCUCCGCCUCCGGCUUCCUGAGCAUCUCUGUCGAAGACUUCUGCCGGGAGGCUGGGGUUGAGAGCACAUCCCUAAGCGUCCCGAUCCUGGACGCCGACGUUGGGGAUUUUUUCACCGUCUUGGAGGACGUCUCCACGGCUGAACACGUCGUGCCGGAGCCCCGAUCCCGAGUGAAGCUCUUAGCAGCACUGGUGCGCCGGAAGAGGCUUUACAAAGCCGACAUGCGCACGCAGAGCCCGAGCGGCUUAGCAGGGUAA